AUGGAAAAUCUUCUCAUCGACGAGUUCCUUGCAAGCAGAAGCCCCAGUAUUCGUGACUUUAAUCAGGUUACAUCAACGCAGAUGCCCCACGGCGAAUCUGCGGCUACAGAUAAGCCAGUGUUUUUCCCGUUUCCUUUCCCGCCAUAUGACAUACAGGAGGAUUUUAUGAAAACUUUGUAUGACGUGCUUGAGAAUGGAGAAGUUGGAAUUUUCGAAAGUCCCACAGGAACGGUGAGUGAAAGAUGGAUAUCGGAAUAGAUGAACUACUUUGAGCUAAGAUCAGAGCCGGUUUUGAAAUGAUAUGUCGCUCAAGGGAGCGUGUUAUUUGAUUAUGACUAACCCUUUCACCCAAGAUCUGAUGAGUAAUUCUCCUUACUGUUUGCCAUCUACUUAACCUGGAAUCUACUGGUUAACCCUUUAAUCCUUGAGAGUGACCAGCAUCUAAUUUCUCCCUUAAAUAACACCCAUGAAUCAAAUAUCAAUAUCAUGAGAAUAACAGAAAUAAUAAUUAACUGAAGAACCUAUUGAUUUUAAGCAAAUUCUCCUUGUCAGUACAUCUGGAAAUGUAUAGAGAGCAGUAUAGAGAAUAUACAUACUGAUGUUAGGGUGUAAAUGGUUGAAUUGAGCUAAAAAAUUACCAUAUUUUACACUCAUAGGGGAAAUCUUUGAGCUUGAUUUGUGGAGCUCUUACUUGGCUAAAAAGUUAUGAAGAGAAGAAACAGGAAGAACUAGACAAGGCUUUAUCAUGUUCAAAACAAGUUACCACUCUCAGGUAAUGAUCUUUAUGAAACAAAAAUUGUUUGGUUUAACUUCUGAAGAAUCUGUCCGUUACAUCUCUUUUUUUUUCACAAAUUUGCCAUUUUUCAGGGACAAUGUCAUUGAUGAAGACAAAGGAAAAAGAUUUAAUAGUGCAGAUGAUUGUAAGUGCAAAAAGCAAUCUUGAUCAGGUGUUGAUUUUCUCUUCUUCACUAUGUGGUUGAUCUAUAAAGCUUGCAAACUUUAUAGACCAACCAAACAAUCAAUCAAAAUUAAAACCAAUUUUGAAUUGGUCAGUCAUUUAUCCCAGGCUCUGAGCAGUUUGUUUUCUUUUUCUUUGAAUUCUAAUGGGUUGCUUAAUGUGAUAUUUCCCUCAGUUUGCUCUGAUUACCUGCUUUGAUCACUAUUAUUGGUUUUAAUGGCAUGAUACUUACUACUAAAAAUGUGCCCCAAUUAAAAAAUGUGCUUGCUAGAAAAAAGAGUUUGGAAAUCUGUUUUAAUAGACAUAGUAAGAUAAAUUUAUCUAAGAAUAUUUUGGAUAGCCAGACAUGCCACUGCUAUGUAGAAUUAUUCUCACCCAAAGGAUGUGAUAAAUUAAAAAUAAUUUUCUAUUUAUUUUUUCAUUUAAAGCUACAAUGCCAGAUUGGGUGAUGGAAUUUGCGGAGAAGCAAGCGACUCAAGAAAAAGAAGAUAGAGUAAAGGUACUUUUGAUUUGUUCAAAUUGAAUUCAUUAAAUAACUAUUUAACUUGUAAUAAAUAAAUAAGUGUGUUAUAUGUAUUAAUGUAUUAAAAGAAGUUAACAUAACUCUUGCUAUUUUACUCAAAUUUAUAGGAGGAAAGAGAGAGGUUGGAAAAACAAAGAGCACAGCUUCAGAAACUCAAGAGUGAACUUAAACCAGCAUGUGCAUUUAAAACUGGAAAGAGAAAGGUCUGUUUGCUUUGAAGGGGUUACAUUCAUGAAAGAGUUAUUCAGCAACAAAUUCUGAAAGUUUGAAGUUCAAUUUUCCAUACUUAAAUAUUUUAUUGAUUGGAGCUUGUUGUCUAAUUUUAUUUCUUAGCAUAGUGAUGGUGAAGUCAAUAAUUUUGGACACAGUGGCUCUGAAAUAGAGAACGAAAUUGCCAGUGAAAUUGAUGAAGUCCUUGGGAAAACCUUACAAGAGGAUCCUGAUACAGAUAUUGUACUAACAGAAUAUCAGAGUGAUGGAGAUGAGCCUGGGUAAGAUUGACACCAGAAGUGCCCUAUUUAUUAUGCCACUAAUAAUUCAUUUUUAGAAUAGUCCAUUUUACAGUUGCAUGCUUGGUUGCCAAGCCUUUGAAUGGGAGUGUGGCUAAGGAUAACCUUGUUAUGAUACAAACCUUGCUGCUUUUCAAAAUAAAUGUAAAAUACUCUGUUAUCAUGCUAACUAAAUACUGGUCUCUAUCACAACCAGGUCACCUUCAGCCUCACUGUAAAUCAUAGUCUUGGCAACUAAGUACACAACUGUAAAAUGGCCAAUUAUGGUGAAACAAUCACAUUUACAUCAUUGUUAAUUGGGUCUGUUGUUAAUUUUCUUACCUGUUGACGGCAAGGGUAAGAGUUUGGAAAAGUGACAUGUAAUGGAUUUAAUUUUUAUUUUUACAGAUCAGAUCAGGAAGAUGAAGAUAACAAUGAAGAGCCCCACUGUUUAAAGGUACUGCAUGAGAAAUAAUCAACAGACUGAAUGGAUUACACUCUAAUUUCAGUAUGCAUAUUCUCCAUACUAUUCUUUAUAUAUUUCCUAAGGUGCUAGGAAGGAGAAUUUGUUAAACAAAUCAAGUUCUUUUUAGUUGGUGAUGAUUUCCUUAAUGACUUAUUGGGUGAUUCAGGGGUGAUAUUGUAUGAAGAAAUUAGAUGCUAGUCACUGGUAAGGGUAAAGUGUUAAAAACUGUUUUCAAUUAAUGAUGAUAAAUCUAAAUUUCCCUUUAAUUGUUUUAAUUUUUUUUCAGAUAUUUUAUUGCAGUAGAACACACUCCCAAUUGACACAAUUUGUUAGGGAAGUGCAAAAGAGUCCAUUCAGUGACAGUACACGGGUUGUAUCUCUUGGAUCCCGACAGAAUCUUUGCAUUAAUGAAGAUGUUAAAAGCCUUAAAAAUAUAAACAGAAUUAAUGAUAGGUGUUUGGAACUUCAAAAGAAAAACAAAGGUAAGUCUGUAGAGGGAAAUAGGGGACUUUUGGUCUUGAUUGUUUGCAGCCUAAAUUUUAAGUGACAAGUUUUUUUUCUAUUCAAAAAUGAUCUUUCCUGGCAAGGAAUUAAAAGCAAAAGAAACAAAAUAAGGAUUCAGGGGAAGUGCUCUCCUCAAAGUUGUAGUGAUGGACUUCAAAUUGAAAAGACCAUACUUGCAAUUUGGCAGGGUCAUUGAGUUGUGUUCCAGGGCAAGAUAUUUAACUCUUUUACUCCCAAGAUCUGUCUGUCAUGCACUUAUUAUGAUGUUAGUUCUGAGAAUUUGGUAUGGGAUCAACUAAUAAUACCCUAAUUGAUUUCUGCUUUUUGUUAUUCUUGUCGCCUGUCUGUCUGAUAUUGACUACUAAGUUGAAAUGGCAAGGAAAAGGUCUGUCCUAGUUGGUCACUCAUGGGAAUUAUCUUUUGCAAUGUAUCUCUUCAUCAAUGAUUAUAAAUGGAUUCUAACCCAUUGUGUGGGAAACCUGACCUAAAGCAGGAGACUGCAUGAGCUAAUAGUUAUACCAGUCCUGUAUUUUCUAACUACAAGUAGUUAUUUGUCAUGUUUACAGAAAAGGUGUAUGUUCAGAAUAAAACUUGAAGAGAACUUUUAAAAAAAAUUUUUUUUUUAACAGAGAAGAAAAAAGCUGAUGGAGAGAAAACUUCAAAGAAGAAAAAAGUUACAAAUGGAUGUCCAUUCUACAUGUACCAGCAGCUGCAGAAAUUUAGGGACCAUCUCUUGGUGAGGUCUUUGCUUAAUUGCAAAUAAUAAACUCUUGGGAGAAAAUUUCUAAUUAGUUUUUCCAGCUGUUAAUGGUACAAUGUACUUUUCAAAUAGUUAACCCUUUAAUAAUCCCUAUGAGUGACAAGCAUGUAAUUUCUUCCCACAGUAAUACUGCUGAAUCAUUCAUGAAGUUUUUGAGAAUAAGAGAAAUGGUUGCCAACCUAACAAAACUUUUGAUUGCUAAACUAAUUCUCCUUUUCAGUACCAAAGGAAUUGUCUAGGGAGGAUUAUAGAGAAUAUGGAUACUGAUGUUAGGGUGUAAAGGGUUAAUAAAGUCGAAUGAAGGGAAAGAAUGAGCACUGAGGCUCUACACUUGUAAACAGAAUUAUUGGCCUGCAAGGAUGCUUUUUCCUAUUGCACCCAUUUCACUUUAAAAAAAUCAUCUUGAAUAGGUUUAAGAACAUGUUUCAAACUGUGGACAAAAUUUCUUCCUUUCUUAGGUGGACAUAAAAGAUAUUGAGCAGCUUGUUUCUGUCGGCGAAGAACUUCAUGCAUGUCCUUAUUAUGGGACGAGAUUAGCUAUUCCUGCUGCGCAGGUAAUAGUAAGAUUUUAGAAAGUGAUCUGAGAUUGCUUUAGUUUUGCUGUAUAUCUCUGUGUUAUUGGUCCAGAAAAUUAAACUCACCUAUCAUCACUUCACGGCUCUAUUUCAAACCAACAUAAUGACCAACUCCCACUUGGCUUGUUAGCUCAGUUAGUAAAGCACUGCACCAGUAUUGCUGAGGUCAUGGGUUCAAAUCCUGUGCAGGUCUUAAUUUUUUUCAGGCCUUAUUUUCGCCACUCCUUAAGGAGUGUUCAUUACUGCGAAGACCGCUUUCAUAUUAAUUUAAUGUAUUCUUGUCUACAAAUAAUUCAUUCUGCCUAAUUUUCUUUCCUACUCUAGCUUGUAGUUCUACCAUAUAAUAUCCUUCUUCACAAGUCAACAAGGGAAGCCUGUGGGAUAAAGCUUGAUGGAAACGUGGUUAUUGUUGAUGAAGCACAUAAUUUGAUUGACACAAUAAGUAAUGUACACAGUGUAGAAAUCACUGGUUCACAGGUAUGAUGAACUGACCAAACCCCUUCACUCCCAGGAUCUGAUUGUUAAUUCUCCCCUCUAGCUGCUACACUGUGACAUUUCCUUGUAAAUUGGUUGCAAGAAUUUGAUGUUAGAUCAAGAUAACAACUUCUACCUGAUAAGUUUGAUUAUUCUCCUUACCUGUUUGUCAGAUAAUGUAUGAAUAUUAUAGGGAGAAAUAAAAUGUUCAUCACUCCCAGGAGUUAAAGAAUUAAAAGCAAAUCAAUACCAGUUGUAUUUCUUAUAAAAAAUGAAUAAUUUUAUUGAACAUUUUACACAAGAUAACAUGUUUGUUAUACUUUAAACUAAAUUUCACCAAUAAGCAGUACUCUUACUGAGUUAAAGAAAACAAUCUUAGAGAAGAAUUGGCAUAGUCAAUUAUUAUUAUAAUUUAUAAUAUAAUUAUAAAUUAAUAAUAAUUAAUAAAUAAUAUAAAAUAUAAAUAAAUAAAUAAAUAUAUUGGCAUAGCUCUAAUCAUAUUCAAUACACUCCUUAUUGUUUUGUAUCAUGUUACAGAUUUUGUGCACUCACUCUCAGUUGACCCAGUACCAGGAUCACUAUAGGUCAGUGAAACAUUUUGAAAACUGAUUUAGGUAACAAGCUUAGAAAUUCUUACUGACUUCAAAGAUAAGCUGGAGAAGAAUGGAUAGGGAAAAAAUAUUUUAAACUGUUAAUUCCCGCACAUUUUUUGUACUUUUGGUUAAUUUAACUUUUCCCUAAAUAUCCCCUUUUAAUUGCAAAUUUUUUAACUAGGUCAAGGUUAAAGGCAAAGAACUUGUUCUAUAUUCAGCAACUACUGUAUGUCUUGAUGUGUUUCCUAAACUGUUUGGGAGGUAAGUUUUAUCGUGGAAUUCACAGCAUGGCAGGUUUUUCAGUUUAAAACAAUACCAAAUUCUCUGAACUAACAUCAUUAAUUGUAUAGUAGACAGUAAAGAGGUUUGUCAAUGGGAUCUUUGGAGAGAAAUGAUUAAUUUAUGGAAAUACCUCAUACAGACAACUUGAAUUAGAAGAGAACUAGAAAUCAUCAUGACAGGAAAAAUGACAUCCGUAUGCUAUGUUCAAACUUGAGAUCCUCUCUUUAGACCUGGUGAUCAUUGUAAUAUCUUUCAUAUGUGAUAUCUGUUAAUAGGCUGAUGAAGAGACUAUGACUCCAAAAGAGAGCUUGCCAAGGUAUCCUCAACAUUGACAAUUUUCAAAUUUCUUGCAGGGAAAGAGCAAAGGAAACCAGAAUCAUUGUCUAGUGCUAAUGAAUUGGGUACAAAAGACCACAGAAAGCAAGGUUCUUAAUUUUAGAGUGAUGGUUGUUAUGUUUUAGGAAUGUUUUUCAAUUUUUCUUCACCUUAGACAGGAAGCUUGUCCCUUGUGAGUUCUCUCCCCAGGGGUUGCCAUGAAGUAUUGCCUAAUCUGUCUUAGCCUGCAGAGCAGGUGUAAUUUUAUGGAAAGAGUGCUCAGUAUUUUCAUGGUGAAAAUCAUAGCUGCCAUCACUGGCAUCUUUGAUUUUUACAGAAGAGGAAGACUGGGAUGAGAGAUAAAUUUGUACCAGGGGGGUGAGUGAGGGUCAAAAGGAAGACAAGAGGAGGGGGUGGGUCCCCGACUGUCCACUACAACUUUAAAUUGGAAUUGGGGGGUCAAAUAAAUGAUUGUGAGCUUGCACUGUCAAUGAACUUGCCCUAAAAAGAUGAAUGAACUGCAGGCUACAUCAUUCUGUCUCUAUAUUGGACCCUCUCCUUACAUUGGGCCAAGGAUGUCCCUCAUUGUGCCUUAAGCCAUCUAUUCAUCUUGUACAAAAGCUUUCUUUCUUUUUUUCCCUUUCAAAAUAUCCUUGCAAAUAUGGGUUUGAUGAGCCAUGAUAUUUAAUUUUACAUGGAAUGUAAGACCUUUCUUCAAGGUUAUCAUUAUAAUUAUUACAAUCAUUACCUGUAGUAUUUUGUUGUGAUGAAAUUAUUAUGAAUCUUUAUUUCUGUUAUCUUCUUGUCCUAAUUAACAGAUGUGAAGCUAUUAACAAUCAAUGAUUUCCUUUUCGCUGCCCAAAUGGAUAAUGUGAACCUUUUUAAGGUAUGGUACACAUAACUUAUUAAAAGUAUAGCUACUUUCUUAGUUUGUUAGAUUAGGCCAGUUAUGUCUUUGCUGGGGAGCAUAUGGCAUCGACUGUGAACCUCCUCUGGAUUCUAUUUUUGGCACCUCUCUUUUGCCUCCCUGAGAUGAUGUUCUGUUUCGUGAGUUCCUCUUGCACACUUUGCCUCCUGGACUGCUUUGGCCCUAUGUGCCUUCUUCUAGAACCUUGAGAGUUCUAUUUGAGAGUGGUACAUGUGAUAUUUUUCUCAGGCUUCUGGAGCACAGGUCCAAUCCAUUUCCUUAAACUCGUAUGCUAUAGGGUGUAUUUAUUCAGUUCAGGAUGAUCUCAUUCUUAGCCUAACACAAUACUCGAAUUAAUACUCCUUUCAGAUUAAAAGAUACUGUGAGAAGAGCAUGAUUUCUAAAAAGGUAAGUUCUAAAAUAAUUCCUCUUUAGAUAUUUCACAAUCUUAUAUGUGACCUUCCAGAAUCAAGGUUUGACAUGGAUAAUUUACUCAACUUUGUUUUUUUUAAGCUGAAUGGAUUUGUUGACAAGUAUCAUUCUGUACAAGUGGGAACAGGUUAGCGCACAAUCAUGCUGUUGUAGAAUGAAGAAAUAUACUUUGAGUGGUAUAAAUAUGGAGAGAACAAUGAGUUGAAAAAGGGUAAAAUUUUGUUUAUCUCUGAAAGAAAAUCAGAUUACAGUACAACAGUUUUUCUGCAAGUUCAUCUGUGGAGCUAAUAAAUGUUUAGACCCCUCUGCUAAACAAAGAAGAUUUGUGUAGUACUCUCACUUUGAACACUUUCUUCUUAAUAUAGUUACUUCUCUAAUAGAGUUUGAUAUGUAGUUUGAUUGCAGUGUUUUCCUUUUAAGAUGGUAACUGCUAAGAUUUACAGCCUCCAGCACCUCUUAUUAUUGCCUGAAAUCAUUUAGAAUUUUUGAAAAUUCAACAGGUGAAAGGAUUGCCCUGACUACUGCUUUAAUAUUUCUUUUACUUAAAUAAGGGAAUACAUUAUUGUGGAAAAUUUACCCUACAAUUUAAUUGUAUCAUGAUUUAAUAGGAUUUACUGCAGGAGAUGAAGAUGGAUUGUAUCAAAGCAGUAAUUCACCUCUUCAAAUCAUUGAGAGCUUUUUGGAAGCACUCACAAAUGCUGACAAAGAUGGAAGGAUUGUUGUUAACAAGCAGGGUAAGAUUCUUUUUCUUUGCUCAGUAUCAGACACCAAGUUGUUCUGGUUUUCUGCUUCGAUUCAGCCUGAUUUGAAGGGAAGCAAACAUUUUCAAGUAAUCCCCUAGGGCAAAGGGUUCCCUAUUUUUUUCAUUCCAGGGGUAAUAAACCAGCACUCUCUCCUUACAAUUUCAAUACUUUAUGCAGGAAGUGGAUUGUGGGAAAAUGUAGACAAACACAUGAGCUGGGGAUUGCGGUAGUGACCUUGAUCAAAUACCAAAUUCUCUUGGCUAGCUUACAAGAAAAAAUAUAACAGCUUCACAGGAGAAUUUCUUGUUAGAUCAUAGGAUUUCAAAUGUUAAGGGUACUUUGUGACAGCUUUCAAUGUGACUGAAGACAAUAGUGAUUGUUAUUCUACUGUUUAAGUGUACUUUACUUACCUAGAUUGCCUGCGCACUUUAUAUUUUCUCCCACCAGAGCGACCUAGUAACUCCAGUCUGAAGUUUCUCCUUUUGAACCCUGCAGUCCACUUCACAACUAUCGUCAAAGAAGCCAGAGCAGUUGUUGUUGCAGGGGGAACAAUGCAACCGGUAAUUAACUGUGGUAUCCUUGCUGUGCCUUUUUGAUCUUAAGAGUGACUAGUACCUAAUUUCUCCUUACCGUAUCACCCCAGAAUCACACAAUAAGGUUACAAGAAUAAAGGAAAUGAUCACCAAGUAAAAAUGCUCUUGGUUGGUAAACAAAAUUCUCAUUGUAAAUACCUUAGGAAAUGUAUAGAGAACAGUACGAAGAAUAUAGAUACUGAUGAUAGGGUGUGAAGAGUUUACCAAGUCACCCCCCUAAAUCACUAUAUCUAUUCUAUUCUAUUCCAUACAGUACUAAUAGUUUAAUCUCUGACAAUUUGUGUUAAAACAAAUUAUAUCUCAUAAUUGAUGUUUUUUUUAUGUUAUUAUCAUCUUCCUGCUUCAAAAAAUAUUGUUAUGGUAAGAGAAAUUUUUCUUUUUGGUCAUUCAGAGGGUCAACAUGAUCAUUACCAGGUUUAGAUUCCUGCAUGCUGUUGGACUAUAUUUCCAAUUAACUGUAAAAUCAAUAUCUGAAAUUUUCUUCAGUUUGAAAAAGGAAAAAGAUCAAAAUUUAGGUUGGUUGAUGAACUCAGUGGAAGUUAGUUACAUGUGAAACUGCCCCUCAGUUCUACUUAUUUCAACUGAAGUAGCCAGCUCCCUGAUAUUCUUUCUAGGUUACAACGGAGACAAAACUUUUUUAUAUCACUUAUUUGUCAAUGACGAAAUUGUAAUUUAACAAGGCAUAAUAUCUGUCUUAUUCGUCGUAGAUGUCAGAUUUUAAAGAUCAACUCUUUACUUGCGCUGGACUCUCCGGUGACAAUAUAGUGGAAUUUUCCUGUGGUAAGUCAAUUGAAUUUUCCUUAGAAUACGACAUUGUGCCUUUUGGUAUUGAAGCAAAGCUGUAACAUUUAUUAUGGACAAACAGCAUUCUCUUUUUAUCUUCUCAGGGCAUGUUAUUCCAGCAGAUCAUUUGCUCACUGUAGCGUUGGAUAAAGGACCCUCUGGAAAAGACCUUGAUUUUACUUACCAGUCGAGAGACUCAGAAAAAUUGGUAGGCGCUGCGGUGAUGCAAAUCACUGAAUUUUUGCCAUGAAAUCGGCGAUAUUUAAAUUAUUUUCUAUAUUAUCAUGGAGAGAAACAGCUACAAGUUUAAGAAAAAAGGUAUAUUCUAAAAUAUUAAAUUCGAGUUGUUGUUGUUUCGAUGUUAUUUCGAAGAUUUUCGUAAGAAUUAAGCUAAGUGAGUCCGCCAUUUUGUAUUUACGCUUACCGGAAGUAUAAUGCUGAUUUUGACUUCCGGUCUUUCAAAGCGUGGCUGUCCACCAGUCAGUAGUUAAAUUUUCACUCUCAAUAAUCAGCUGGGCGUAGUGGCGCACGUCUGUAAUCUAGCUACUUGGAGGCUGGGGUCGCUGAAUGGCUUGAGGGCGGGAUUCCUGGGGGUAGUCGUUCUAUGUAGAUCGGGUGUCCGCGCUAAGUUUGGCGUCAAUAUGGUGAACAUAGAGGAAUCUGAAUUCUCCAGGUUGGUUAAAGAGGAGCGAACCGGCCCAGGGUGGAAACACAGCAGGCAAAAGCUCCCGCGUCAAACAGUAGUGGGAUAGCACCUGUGAAUAGGCGGUUGCUCACAGCCCGACCAAGAUAGUCGAACUCGACUCUGAAAUUCUUUUUUUUUUUUUUUUUUUUUUUUUAAUUUCUGUUUUUGUUUUUUUUUUUUUUUUUCGCAUUUUUCGCUUGGGUUAUUACAUGUAGUACUCUUUCUUUUUUACUGUCAAGAAAAAAUAUAUUUUUAUAGGGCUGUUAAAAAAAAAUAAUGAUAAAAAAAAUUAAGUUUAUUUUUCGUUUGGUUACAUUUUUCUUUUUUUUUUUUUUUUUUUUGAUCAUUUCCUGGAGCUGACAAACUGUCAAACAAAACUAAUGGGACUUUUUUUUGUCGGUUUCCUUUAGAAAGAAGAACUGGGACGACUCCUGCUCAAUAUUUUUGCCGUUGUCCCCGGAGGAGUGGUGUGUUUUUUCUCUUCGUAUGAUUAUGGAGAGAAAGUCUGCAAAUACUGGCAGGAAUCGGGCAUUCUUGAGAAAAUGAACACCCGAAAGAAGGUGGUUUAAGGAUUUCCUAUCGUUUUUUUGUGAUCUUUUUAUUUCUUACUUUCGUUCUUUUUUUAUUUCUUCUUCUUUUUUUAUACCCAAACAUUUAAAAGGAUUUCUUCAUAUAUCUCAGGUCUUUAGAGAACCACGCAAGUCUAGUCAGCUUGAUCAGGUUCUUUCGUCGUACGCAGCUUGUAUCAAGGUUAGCACUUGAAGUAACAAGUAGAAUCAAGACGAAUAAACUCCUUUUUUUUCUAGGAAUAUUUUAUAAUAUCAGUAAGUGUUGCUCCCCCCCUCCGGAAACAAAGUAUUCUCCCUGUUGUCGGAUAGAAUCGGACAAAUCUUGCGCUCGAAAAAAUUCCUCACCUCUGGGUAAACUCAAGCGAGUGGCAGGGUCCUCAUUAUAAGCACUUGGACAUGAGUAUUCACUAGAAGAAAAGUAAGAUGCUAUGAGCAACGUAAGCCGUUGAGAGGUCUUUAAUGCUUUUAGACUUAAUUCUUCUCGAGACGAUAUGGAAAAAUGGACUAUUUUUUUCCUGAAAAAUGCCCCCGAAGAUUUCCCUAGAUUUCUUCUGAUUCCAUGGAAUUUUACGAUGGAAACUAAAAAGCCCCGUUCUUUGUAUCUAGGCGUAAUGAAAACCUGGAGGAAUACUAAAAUCAUCUUUAUCUUUUUUCAUUCAUAGAAGCCAGCCGUAGUCGCCAACAACACAUCUCCAAAUGGCGCGGUGUUGUUCUGUGUGGUCGGAGGAAAGAUGAGUGAAGGGAUCAACUUUUCUGACGAUCUUGGAAGGCAUGUUUCUAAUUAUUUAUCCGUUACUUGAGAACAGGAACCGUAUUUUAGAGUACCAUAACUAAUCUUUUUUUUUGGUUCCUUGUCGUCUUACGAGUGUGAAUGAAAAGAAGACGCACGGUGUAGUGAGGCCAGGAAGGAUUAGCUUUUCUGACGAGGCCGAGACACGCCCUGUCCAAUCGCAUCUACCCCAAUCCCUUCAUGUCCAAAGUCAUCGCUCCAUAUCGCAUAGAUAAAUCUCGCUCUCCCUCAAGAGAAAAAAAAAGACUGCUUGCGGUUUGACCGUAAUUUGGCGAGAUAAAGAAACACGGAGGCCUGGCGGUUUGCGCGUGGGAAUUCUGAUAAAGAGAGUUUUGGGCCUAUUUUGUUGAUCCUACGCGCCGCCUUAAAACACUCGCGCCAACUUCGACGCCUGCUCCAAAAGUGAUUUAUAGUAUCGAUCGAUCUUCUCGAGCUUAAAAAGGACAAUGUGCGACAUGCCUGAACGCGAAAUCCAGGAAGAUUGGGUCGAACGUGGGAGGUCAAAGCUCGCUGGUACUUUAAAAAAAAAUGGAUUGAAGAAGGAACAGAAAACUCCCAUGAGAAAUUGCUUUAACUUUUGCGACGAUACCAUGAGAAAACGAACUGACGUGAUUAUGAUCUUUGGCUGAAAACAAGACUAGCUUUAUAUCUUUACAAUGCCAAUUGUAAAGUCGACCUGGAAGUUCCUAUCUCCCUUACUUGAACCAGCCUUUAUGCCUCGUGUCCAAUCAUCGAACAUGUCCUGUUUCACAAUCACACGAUCUUAAUCUGGGUGUACAUUGGGGCACCUUUUAUUGGCGGGGGUGGUCGGGUAGGCAUGAAUCAAACUAUUUUCGAAACAUUGCUGUCUUUGUACAUUAGGUGUGUGGUCAUGGUGGGACUGCCUUAUCCAAAUAUCUACUCACCUGAAUUAAAGGAGAAAAUGACAUAUCUUGAUGCAACUUUAGGGGUAAGAGUUCAUCUGUAAAGACCUUCAGGCUGUUUUUCAGUGGCGACGGAGUGGUAUUCGGACUCCCGAUUUAAUGAAAAUUCUUGAAAAUCCGACGCGUGAGUGGAAUCAUAAGCUUUACGGAAGUGGAGUGGAAAGAAUCAAUACAGUUCCAUUUUCUUCCGGUUUUGCUCAUGACUCAUACGCCAAUGAACUUGUCUUAAUUAUGUAAUGAGUUGAAUGACGCACAAUUUAGUUUUCACAGAUCACAAGCGACGGAGUGUACUCUGCUUCCGGAUUCCAUUGGUUUGAUUUUCACCGAAUCGUAUUGCUCUGCGCUUCCGAUAACGGCUGUCACUCCAACUCAGACGUUAAUGGAGAGCAGCUUUCGAUGUUUUCUGACGGUUUUCUCUGUGCGUCCAAUAAAUUCCCGUCCAUUUUUUUUUGCGGUGCGCUACGCGGCGUCUUCUUGAUGACGUAACUCGCUAUUCGCUAUUCCCUUUGUUGACCGUUACUUAACCGCAUACAACAAAUCAAAUCAGAGCUCAAAGUCCUUCUCCAUUUACCUCAAUUUCCUUUUUUUCUCAGGGUAGUUCAAUAUCUCUGUUGUUUACCAUUAUCAUUUUUGGUCUCUGUUUGCUUUUUCUUAGCCAAAAGCUGGUCAAAUGCAUUACGAAAGCCUUUGCAUGAAAGCGGUAAAUCAGUCAAUAGGUGAGGCAAAACUUUAUUAUCUGUUAACAAACCUGAGCUUUGCCUUGUUACAAUGAAACACAAACAAAAUUCAUCAAGAGUCCGUCCGACGUAUCUGAGAAUGUAUCUUUGUUCAAAAUCCGUCUUUAGGUCGCGCUAUUCGUCACAAACGAGACUAUGCGACAAUCCUGUUACUUGAUCAGCGGUAUGGUUCUACAAGAAUACAGAAAAGUCUUCCAGGCUGGAUUUCAAACCGACUUCAGCACCAGCCUCGCUUUGGUUCUGCAUUUUCCGCCAUUCGCAAGGUAAGCUAUUGAUCCGUGGGUGAAAGGUGAUUGUAUCUUGUUACCAGUCUCUAAUCAAAGUUCCAACCUCGUUCCGAAGAUCGCUCGUUUUCCCAGCGUAUCAAUGCGUAUGGCUGAGGAUUUCUCCAAGAAUGACCCUAAGAUAAAUUGGAAAUAGAAGCUUUCAAUCUCAAUUGCCCAAUAAGGUCAUUAUUUGAUUCCAGAGAACCUUUUUUGUGUAGCUUUUACUUGUUAAAACAAAUCGUCAUGUGUUGAGGGAAAAAAGGGGAAAUAUUUUGGUACAUCCUAAGUAAGCGGCAAGGUUGCUAAGCGGAUUCAAAAUGACGGGGCCCCUAGUCGAAUUUUUACCACCUUUUAAGACAAGCUGCUAAGGGUCAGGGUAGUCUAUGGAAUCUCAAAGGGCGGUCAGUGUUCUAAUUUCGAUGUAAUUCACCAUCACACUUUUUAAAGGUGAGACAGGAAUGAUGUGGUUCCUGUAGCUUACAUCCCUUUGAAAAGAGGCACGUCGCGGCAUUCAGCUUGAAGUUGAAUGCCGGUUCAAUAAUGAACCGAGAAAAGGACGGUGAAACGUUGAGGAUGAUCUCGAUGUAUCGCGAGAGGGGAAUUGAAAGAUUUAGGCCACAAACUUUGCAGCUGGUAGUUAUUUAAUUCAGCAGCUCUGUUUACUCCUUUUCGCUUCUUUCAGUUUUUCGUGGACAAGCGACAAGCGGAUGAGACCAUAAAUCACGAAGCACAAUGAAUGCUUGGUUGGAACAGAUGACCUCGUGAAACCUGAAAUGACCUGAUUAGCCACAAAAAUCAAAGCGAAAAAAAACACAUGCUCAUUUCAUAGAUUGCUUCAAUGAAGUGCACGGUUUCAAGAUUAUUUAUUUAUGUGUUUGACGAAUAAAUCAAGAAAAAUAUUUUCAUAAGAACAGGGACAUUGAAAACCCCUAGUUGAGUUUGCUGUGUUCGAAGAAAUUUCGGUCUAUAUUGUCAGAGCCAUCACAUUGAGUUUUAUAGGAAAAAUAUCCUAAAUAAAGAGUUGAC